AUGGUUUAUGAAGUCAGCCAAUAUAUCUGCCUUUCAGGGAGUGAUGCGCACCAUACAGUGCGUGUGUAUAUCCAGGCUUGGGACAAGAAGCCCAACGAAUGCUCAAGUGAGCCGAUUCUAAUUAGAUUUGUUUUAUUUGGAUUUCAUGCAUCAGAGUCAUUGAGGAACUUCUCUUUGGCAACCAUCGUCUCUAUUUCAAGCUCUCCACCCGUCGACUUUCCCGAAGCUUUUCUCAAAGGGAGAGCUAAAAGACGUCACGAAAGCAAGGGUUCACCAAUUAAGCCAGCUGCGCAGGUACAUGAUUCAAGUGCUAUCACCAUCAACGCUCAGUAUUGGAUCGAACAGGCGAGACUUGCCACCGAACAGAAAAUUAUCGUUGUUGUAUACCUUUUCAUUAUUCAUCGUGUUGCUAUAUGCGGCGUCCAUGCGCGUGAAAUAUGGUUGAAAUGGUUCUAUCAAACAGGUACAACAGGUACCGAGAAUUAG